GAGCUUUGGGGCCCUCGCCCGAAGGCGGGCGCGCCCGGCCUGGUUCGCUAGCGGGGCGCAGACCGGUCUCUAUCGCAGCGCCAUGGGGAAAGUGCUGGUGCUCGCUCUGGCCGGGAUCCUUGCCGCUCUCUUCGGGGAGAGGCUAAUGGAGUUUCGACGUAAACUGAAUGCCUCCAGAGAGCUGGAACCAGUGGAACUUCCCAACUGUCAGCUUAUUAAAGGAAUUGAAAGAGGUGCAGAAGAUAUUGACAUCCUUCCUGAUGGUCUGGCUUUCAUUAGUUCUGGUUUAAAAUAUCCAGGUUUAAAAAGCUUUGCUCCAGACAAGCCAGGUGAAAUAUUUCUGAUGGAUUUGAAUGAUGAAAACCCAAGAGCAGUAGAACUCAGGAUCAGCCGCGGGUUUGAUCUGGCAUCAUUUAACCCUCAUGGGAUCAGCACUUACAUAGACAAAGAUGACUCAGUGUACCUCUUCGUUGUGAAUCAUCCAGAGUUCAAGAGCACAGUUGAGGUGUUUAAAUUUGUAGAAGAUGAAAAUUCUCUUGUACACCUGAAAACUGUCCGACACGAACUUCUGUCAAGUGUGAAUGAUAUUGUGGCUCUGGGACCUGAUCAUUUCUAUGCAACUAAUGACCACUAUUUCUUUGACUCCAUCUUGAUGUACGUGGAGUUGUUCUUGGGCUUGGCCUGGUCAAAUGUUGUCUACUACAGUCCAACAGAAGUUAAAGAGGUAGCCUCUGGGUUUUACUCAGCCAAUGGAAUUAACAUUUCACCAGACAAAAAGUAUGUUUAUAUUGCUGACCUGAUGGCUCAUCGUGUCCAUGUUAUGGAAAAACAUGCUAACUGGAGUCUAACUCAGUUGAAGGUAAGCGAUUUGCCACUUAGAACAAGAGCCUAAUCUCUGUUUGAAAUU